AUGGCUGGGCUUGCUCCCGUCGAGAAAGCCUCCGGUAUCAACCAUGCUCAAGAGCUGAUCGGCUCAGACGUACAGAACAUCCUGCUCUGGAAAGAAGACAGCAAACGUGACAGUCGACUGCUACGCUACUCCCCAAACAUGAUUGAAGUCGAUCUUCACAUCUCUCAAGGCUGCGCCAAAGACUGUCCGGAGCCAUUCUGCAGACGCGCAGCCACUGCGCUUGCAGAUGUCACGAAUAGAUCAUCGCAGGGUUGA